GCUCAGAGACGCAGCCAAUGAGAGCGCUCGGAGGUGAUGUCAUGGGGAGAGUCUGAUUGUGGUCCUGAUGCUGCGACCGUCUCUGGGAGAUUUAACUGAGGGAGAAGCAUCUGAAAGAAACAGAUCGCAAGGUAAAGAAGAUUAUUCCGUCUUUCUCUGAACUCUCUUCUUGAACUAAGCGCCAUGACUCUGGCAGCCUAUAAAGAGAAGGUGAAGGAGCUCCCCCUCGUGUCCAUUUUCUGUUCCUGUUUCCUCUCCGAUCCUUUAAAGAAACAGACUUACAAGUAUGAAGCAGACACUGUGGACCUCACAUGGUGUGCUAUUUCAGACAUGGAGGUGAUAGAAUUAAACAAGAGAGCCUCUGGCCACUCCUUCGAGGUUAUCCUGAAACCCCCUUCCUUUGAUGGGAUUCCAGAGAUCACAGCCACCCUGCCCCAGAAACGAGACCCCUCCCUGGAGGAGAUCCAGAAAAAACUGGAGGCCGCCGAAGAAAGGCGCAAGUAUCGGGAGGCAGAACUCCGCAAGCACCAGGCGGAAAAGAGGGAACAUGAGCGGGAAGUCAUACUGAAAGCCAUCGAGGAGAACAACAACUUUAGCAAGAUGGCCAAGGAGAAGCUGGCUCAGAGAAUGGAGGUCAAUAAGGAGAAUAGGGAAGCCCACCUUGCGGCCAUGCUUGAACGCCUACAAGAGAAGGUUAGUUAAAGUGGAUAAACAUGCAGAAGAAGUGAGGAAAAACAAAGAAGCCACAAGGUAGAAGGUGUUGGCUGACAAAACUUGGACUGAGGACUCCAUUGGGCGUCUGAGAGACCCGGCACAAUAUUAAGUGACUCAGAUUCUCUUUUGCUUUAUCUGUCUGUGAAUGUCCAGAGAGGACCUGCUAAGACACCUUUUUGUAAGGAGUUUUUAAGGUGGGGGACGCAGUUUAUGGGAGGAUCUGUCCACACCAUUUGCAAGUCCUAAGAAGUCGUCUCCAUGAGCUCUUCAAUGUUCUCACAUUUGUCACCCCUCAAGUGUGAUCCAUUCACAAUCACUAAACCAACUUGCUGUGGUGGUGAGCGCGCCGGCCAUCUCUAGGCUCAAUUGUAACAAAGGCGCCGAUGAACCAAUGGGUAUCCACGCUCGCUAGCGAGAUUCUUGUUACAUUGCACUGAUUUUUAUAUGUCUACCAUUAUGUCAUUAAUACAAUGUUACUACCAGGUUA